AUGUCUCGUGUGCGCAAGGCCAAGGACACUGGGGAGGACGCCAAGGUCAUGCCAUCUGUCCUUGAGCCUGGCAACGGCGGCAACAUCAAUCUCGAUGAUCUUGGACUGGAGAAGAACCGUGGCGUUAACGUUGCUCAGAACCGCUUUGACUACGAUAUGGGUAUUGUAUUCCGCAACGACGAGGCCUACCUCGUUGCUGGCUGGGUGGAGUCUUACCUGUGGGGACUCUAUACGAUCGUAUUCGGUAUAACCAUGUACAAGAUUCGCCUGAAAGGCUGGAAGAAAAUGAACAAGGUGACCGCCGGGACUAUCAUCGUUCUCUAUGUUCUCGCAACUGCCCAUAAUGCAAUGGCUCUAAGGCUGCUCAUCAAUGGAUUCAUAGUCUAUGUACAAGACCCAGGGCCUCAAGUCUACUUCGCAAACAUCGUCGUCCCGCUGAAUGUCGCCAAAGAUGUGGUGUAUGUCACAAAUAUAUGGGUAGGGGACAGUGUCAUAGUCUGGCGUCUCUACGUGAUCUGGGGAAAGAAGCUCUGGAUCGCUGCCUUUCCAGUAUGCAUGAUGAUUGCCACUGCAAUCACAGGAUAUUACGCCAUUGGGCGGUGGCUGAACCCUGCCCUGGACUCGACCCACUUGAAUUUGGCGUUCUACGAGACCAGCUUUCACUGGGUCACCGCGAUGUAUGCCGUGUCACUGUGCACAAAUGUUAGCGUCACGAUUGUUACCGCCACACGGAUUUGGUGGGUCGGCCAUCGCAACACCAAAAUUCUUGGGUCGGACACGCACUCCCCGUACUCCCGGGUUAUCCUCCUGCUUCUCGAAUCAGGCUCAGUGCUCUCAGCUGCGAAAACCAUUGAGUUUGCGCUCUUCGAGACCUCCGGAAAUGGCUACGGUGGCGACAACUCCGUCUGGAUUGUAAUCGAGUCUAUGCCGCAGAUCAUGGGAAUCAUGCCCACCCUUGUCAUUCUAGCCGUGAACGCUGGCUUCACGCGCAGGGACGACUUCUACUCCCUUGCGCCCCAAACCCAUACCGUGCAGUUUGCGUCGCAGCCCCCGAACACAAACCCCACAAUGGGAACGCUGUCAAUCAGCGAACGCAGAGAGUCAAAUGAUGCCUCGGUCGCGCAUUCGUUUUACGAGCCGUCCUCGAAAACAUUUGCUGAUGAUAAGUCCGGGGGACAGAUGUCUGAACAUAGUGCAUGA